AAAUUCCGAAAAUAAAAUCCAUAUUUUGUGCACAUUUUCUUUGAUACAAAAAUGAAUAUCGUCGAUACUGAUAUCAGGCAAUGGGACGCGAACGAUGUGAAGGAGCAAUUUGGAGACAGCUUGACAUUGUUACCAUCGAAUGACAACAUAAAAGAGCUGCAGACGAUCCUCCGAGACAAGAAUACAUCACGCAGUGACUUUAAGUUUUAUGCCGAUCGCUUGAUCCGUCUUGUGAUUGAGGAGAGUCUGAACAAGCUGCCCUUCACCGACUGUGAGGUGGUUACACCUACUGGGGCUGUUUACAAGGGCCUCAAAUAUGGAUCUGGGAAUUGUGGAGUCUCUAUUGUCAGGUCGGGAGAGGCUAUGGAACAGGGUUUACGAGACUGCUGUAGGUCAAUCAGAAUUGGCAAAAUCUUAGUUGAGAGUGACAACGACACACACGAAGCACAUGUUGUGUACGCCAAGUUUCCUGAAGACAUUGCUCGGCGACAAGUCCUGCUAAUGUAUCCUAUUAUGUCCACAGGCAAUACUGUGAAACAGGCUGUAAAUGUGCUUACCCAACAUGGUGUAAAAGAGGAAAGAAUUAUUCUAUCCAACUUAUUCUGCACACCGGCUGCAGUCCAGGCCGUAGUCGACUAUGUGCCCAAGAUGAAGAUACUCACUUCUGAACUCCACCCCGUCGCACCAAACCACUUCGGACAAAAAUAUUUUGGGACUGACUGAUACGAGGACGACUUUGAGGGUUAGCCUCAAUUAAUAUAUAAAUAAUUUUCAGGGCAAAAGUGGAUUAAUUCUUGCCUAUAAGUGAAAGCAUUCUUUUAUGUUUUAUAAUAAGGUAAGUUAUUAUUUUCCUAGUAAAAUUGGGGUAAGUUUCAGUACAAAUGUCAAAAAUGGACAAACAAUGCUAUCAUAUGCAGUGUUUAUCACACCACUGGAAGUUUUUUUAAUGGGUAAAAUAGUAGUAUAGAGAAAUUGCCAAUGAAUUUUAGUACUUUCCAUUGGGAACGUCAUUGGACCUACUGCAAACUUAACGAGAAUCAAUCAGAAUUUUACUUAUAAAAAAAAUCUGUUAUAAUAGU